GAUGAUGAGAAUAAUGAGUAACAGAGCCGUCCUUAAUUUAUAAACGUCACAGACAACGGAGACCUCAUAACUGUCGUACUGUUUCCAUACAACCUAUGGAUUUGGGCGUCGUGUCUGUACCAUAACAUUUUAUGAGCUUUACGCGUAUUGAGUGGAAAAGGGUUGGACGUCAUGGGUGUGAAAGGUGCAGCUCUGAGGGAACGGGUUUGGGGGGCGUCGACCAAUGAGCUUUUUAAUAAUGGGUCAAUGUGGACCACAGAAUCCGUCGGAUUUAAAAGGUUCUACUUAUUAGGACACAUUCGUGCCGCGCAACGCAGUCGUUAUAAACACGUGCGUUUGAACUUUAACAGUUAGUUUACAGAAUGAGAAACACUUUCAACCCAUAAGGGAGGCUACACGGAAUAUCUUCGGGUGUGGACCCAGGACGUCCCGUCAAGGCUGGCUUUGCCCGCAGAGCGCGCGCAGCAACAAGGCUUUGGGACGACCACCAAGAAGCGCGCGACGAUUCAAGUUGCGGCGCCUCGCGCCUGUGCCGCUGCAGCAGGGAUGAUGCUCGCGCUCACCUUUACCUGCCGCCUCCUGCUGCUCCUCCUCCUCUCGGAACCGGUUCACUCCAACAGAUCAGCGCCCUUCCUCAUCACAGAGAACAUGUGGACGGGCGGCUGUCUCCUAGACUGCCAGAGGGGGCGCCACCGUGCCGUGUGCGGCACCAACGGCCGCCUCUACAAGUCUCAGUGUUCCUUCCAGCGCGCGCAGUGCUUCAACACGCAGCUCCGGCCGGCGCCCCGGUCCCACUGCACCGACCCCAGUCAGACCAAGUGUCAGCUGGCCCGUGUUCAGGCCCUGGAGGCCAGCUUCCACAGCAGCGGGGGCGGCCAUACUAGCCCCUCGGCGGCCAUCUUUGUGCCAGAGUGCGGCGCAGAAGGCCACUUCCUGCCGGUCCAGUGCCACAACCAGACCGGCUACUGCUGGUGCUCCACGCGCGACGGCAGACCCAUCGGGGGCACCUCAGUGCUGCUCCAGACCCCCAACUGCACCGAUCUCAUGCCUGAAACGGAGGAGAGGACUGGUGCAGGGUCCUCAGACAGAGAGACCAGUGGACCGACUGGGAAGCUAGGCAGGCCGGGUGCAGAGCCCACGGCCCCUCCCCUCUGGGUGACCAUCCAGUUGAACUCCGACCCCAAAGGGAACCGCUCCACCAGGCAGCCUUCUGACAGUCCUCAGACGUGUGAGCGUGAGCGCCGGUCGCUGCUCGCCGCGGCCCAGGUGCGUUCUGUCAGGCUGGACGACCGCUUCGUCCCAGAAUGCACUGCAGACGGGCGCUACCACCCAGUACAGUGUCACGUUGCCACGGGUUACUGCUGGUGCGUCCGAUUGGACACCGGCAGGCCAAUACCAGGGACCUCAACAAGAAACCAGCUCCCAGAAUGCACGGCAACAGAGGAGACCAGGAUAGACAGGAAGUUCAAAGACAAAGCACUUCUUGGGUGCCCUGUUGCCCGUAAGAAGGAGUUCCUGCAGAGUCUGGUCAGAGCACUGCAGCAGGAAGCAGAGCAUGCUGGGAAACUGCCUCCUCCAAAACCCUUCAUCCCUGCACCUACCUAUUCCUCCUCAUCCUCGGUGACCCCCUCCUCCACCUCCUCCAUCCAAACCACCCCCUCCACCCAAACCAACUCCACCUCCGGCUCCCCCGUGCUUGAGUCGUCUGGGCCAGAGGGGGCGCUGCGGUGGCACUUUGAGCGCCUGGACGUGGACGCCAGCGGGGCGCUGAGCGAGAGGGAGGCACGGCCGCUGCGGCAGUUCCUCCGGCGCCGGCUGAAACCGCGGCGAUGCGCCAAGAAGUUCGCCCAGUACUGCGACCGUGACCAGGACCGAAGCCUCACCCUGGGGGAGCUGUCUGCCUGCAUACACCUGUAAGGACGGCCCAGAGAUCUGUCUGUCUCUCACCCAACAGCAAAUCAUGAAUCCAGUUUACCAGCCCCACCUCCAGAACUCCAACACUGUCUUUCCAGUUCCACUUCAGCAACCAAUCACAUGGCCCCAUUCCUGAUCAUCCAGUCAUUUCAUCGAUCCUUCCUCAUUGUAGCCCAACUCUCCUCACUGGUUUCCUCACCAUGAAGGAUGUAUGGUCAGUUGUUGUUUUGAUAAAUAUUCUUACCAAAUGCAAAUUAUACUUUUUGAAUAAACAUUUCAAUGAUGUAGA